GUAGCUAAAUGGUAGCAUAACAGGCAGAACAGAUUCAAAUGACUUGCUUAAAAGGGGCAUAAAGCAUCAGAUUGUUUACAAAAAUUGAGAUCAAAAUUUCGGUUUGUUGAAGCAUGUUGAAGUUUGUGAAUGAGAAUCAAAUAAAUACCUAUUAUUUCAUAUAAAUUAAUCACUUGACUAUCCUUAUCAUUUAUUAAUCAACCGUAUCACUAUGGGCAAAUCUAAGAAACGUGAAUAUUCAAGUGAUUCCUCUGAAGAGGAAGAGAGAAUCAAACGGAAUAAAAAACAUAAGAAAAAAUCUAAAAAAUCCAAGCACAAGAAAAGUAAAAAGCAUUCUAGUUCAAGUGAAUCUGAGAGUGAAGAAGAAUGGGUUGUUAAAACUGUAGAUGAAAAGAAAAAAUCUCCUGAAAUGCCAUCGAAACGUGAUGACUGGAUGUCAGCAGAUAAUUUCUUCAUUCCUACAUUUACUCGGGAAAAGGCAGAUAAAAAAGGAGCACCAGAAAAGCAGAAAUGUGAUACUUACGAUCCAGCCACAAGUAGCAGAGAGUUAAAUCCAUAUUUCAAAACCGGCGAAGGUGGUCUGCCAUCCUUUCAAAGACCAAAAGAUAAUGAUGAUGACUAUUAUUCAAGAAGCUCUAGAAAUAUGCAACCCUCUGUCAAGCAAAACUGGAAGAAAAGUCAACAACCAGAUGCUAGGAAAAUAUCUAGAUCCCCAUCUCGAUCACCAUCACCACCAAUUCAAUUAAAACCUGACAAGCCUGUCGAAAUUGAAGUAAAUCAAUUACUUACUCCAUCAGAUUUCUUAACGGACGAACAAAUGAAUAGUAUUGGUGCUAAAAUGUUAAAGGCUGAAAUGAUGGGAAAGACGAAACUAGCCACAGAAUUAAAAGAAAAACUUGAAAAGGCAAAAGAGUAUCGGAAAAAUAAUCCAAAAGGAAGUAGACCACGUCAAACUGAAGAUGAUAAUAAAGUUGUACUUUCAUUACCAACAGCUUCUGGAAUGAAUCGACCGAUAAAGCAAAGUGAUGUUAGAGAUUCACGUCAUUCAGAUAAAAAGCAGAAGAAGAAACGAGUUGAAACUCAUGAAGGAGGUGAAAGGACUCGAUACUAUCCUGAUGAUGAUAAAUAUGACAUUAAGACACUGUUCGAACGUGAGAAAUAUUCAGAUGGCAGGGAUCAAGAUCUAGAAUUCGCAAAAGCCAUCAGUAAAGUUAAAGAUUUACAGCAAAUGGAUAUGGCAGAUAUAUUUUCAGAUACAAUACGCAAAGAUAAGCAACCAAAAUCUGAUGAACGAGAUGAAGCUAUUAGGGAAGCAAAAAGGCUCGAAAAAGUAUUGGAAUCUUGUUACAAAUGCUUUGAUUCUCCUAAGAUGAACAAAGACCUAAUUGUUCAUGUUGGAAAACAUAUUUAUGUAGCCAUUCCAUAUCAUGAGCGGUUAGUCAAUCAUCACUUAAUUAUUUCACCUAUUCAACAUACAGCAUGCACGACCAUGAUCGAUGAAGAAGUUUGGGAAGAAUUUAGGAACUACAAAAAGGCACUUACUAGAUUCUUUCUCGACAAAAAGGAAGAUGUAGUAUUUUUUGAAACUGUUAAAUAUUUGCAUAGAAGACCUCACAUGGAAGUACAAAUGAUAUCAAGUAAAGAUUUUGAAUUGAUUCAAUUUUACUUCAAAAAAGCUAUUCAAGAAUCUGAGAAAUUGACAAUGAACAAGAAAUUAAUCGACAUAAAAGGUGAUAAGAAUAUUCGAUCAUCAAUUCCAAGAGCUAUGCCUUAUUUUUGGAUAGACUUUGGGAACUCAGGUAUGGCUCAUGUGAUUGAGGAUCAAGAAUCAUUUCCAUUGAACUUUGCACAAGAAGUCAUAGGUGGAAUGCUUAAUCUUGAUGUAAGGAAAUUCAGGAAGCCUAGAAAGGAAUAUGAUCCAGCAAAGAAUGUGAAAUAUUUUAGUACCUUACUUAAAAAUGUUUUUGAAAAUUUAUAAUCAUAAUCAACUUUGCUAAUUUGUCAACUUAAAAAUCUUUUGUUUUGAAAUUAAUAAUAUUAAAUCUAUUAAAAUGAAUUGCAGUUAUGGUUUUAGUUGUUAAAUGUCUCAUUUGUCAGAAAGAAUUAACAUACUCACAAAAUAAUCCAGUUGAAUUAAUUGAGCAUAUGAAAUUUGAUCAUCCAUUUACGAGAAAGUCAAAACAAAGUAUCAAACAUAAGGAGACUGAAUCAUCAUUUGGUGUGAACGAGGAAGGUUUGAAGAAGCUAAUUGACAAAAGUGUUCAGACGGAGAAUCAGAAUCAGAAUCAGUUGGGAAUGGCUUCUGGAAGUCAGCAAGAAUAUCAUUCGAAUUUCUACAAGCACAAUAGCACUCGACUUUCAAAUGGUUCUGGGUCAUAUGAGAGUUUUGUGGAUGAAACUAAAGAUAGUACGAAUAAGCAUUCACAAGAAAGGAGAGAAAUAUCUCACGAGAAACCGAACACGAGCAAAAAAGAUCGACAGAAAAUGACACCCGAGAAUUCUCGGACUAAAAUGAAACGAUAUCCAGAAGAAAGUGACGAAAGACAAAAAUUACUCAAAGACAAAAAACUUUCAAAAAAGUUCUAUAAGACAUCAAUUGAACGUUGGAGACCUGUUGGUGAUGAAAAAAUUAAUUGUCCUCGAUGUAAUGCAUUCAAAAGACCAACAGUCAGAACUCAGCGUCAGCAUGUAUCAGAUUCUUCAGUUGUGUCAUCAUUUCUCAUGACUUGUUGGCCCUUGUGUUUCUCUCCUUGCUACCUUCCAACUCCUAAAUACGAAAAUCUUUUCUGUCCGGUCUGCAACUUUCAUUUAGGGAUUUUUGAUCAUCUGAAGAAAAUUGUCAUAUCAAAUCCUAAUUUAGUCCAAGAUUAACAUGCUUUAUGUCUUAUGCUUAUGCUAUUUUUAUUGAUUCUUUGAGUUUACAUACUAAUAAAGUAAAAUUGGAACUAUAGCUUUGUUUAAAG